AUGGAAUAUAAUAUAAAGGAUAUGAGUGGAUUCUUAUUAAAUAAGUAAAGAGCUAGCUCUAUUAAGUAGACAAUAUAAACUAAUAAAAAAGUUAGGAGCAGGAGCAUUUGGUGAAAUAUAUUCGGCUAAUUCAAAUGGAUAAGAGUAUGCAAUAAAAAUAGAGCGUUCUGAUACUAAAUAUCCUUAGUUACUUUUUGAAUCUAAAUUAUACUAAUAUCUAAACAAUUAACCAAUAAUAGGUAUUCCAAAAUAUUAUGGUUAUCUGUAAUAAGAUAAUUUUAAUUUUCUUGUAAUGGAAUAAUUAGGAAAGAGUCUUGAAGAUAUAUUUACAGAUAACAAUUGUCUCUUUUCUCUUUAAUCUGUUACAGUAUUAGCACUUCAAAUGCUUGAAUGUAUUGAAUAUUUACACAAUAAAUAAUUUCUUCAUAGAGAUAUUAAGCCUGAUAAUUUUUUAUUAGGUAAAACUCACAAAGAUAGAGUUUAUAUGGUUGAUUAUGGACUUGCUAAAAAGUAUUUGAUAAAAGAUCUUCACAUUCCUUAUAAGGAUAAUAAAGCUUUAACAGGAACUGCCAGAUAUGCUUCAAUUAAUACUCAUUUAGGAAUUGAAUAAUCUAGAAGAGAUGAUCUUGAAUCUUUAGGAUACGUUUUACUAUAUUUUUUAAGAGGAUCAUUACCUUGGUAAAAUCUUAGAGCAAAUAAUUAAAAAGAAAAAUAUGAAAGAAUCAUGGAAAAAAAAUUAGCAACUUCAACUCAAACAUUAUGUAAGAACUGUCCUAAAUAAUUUUGUUAAUAUAUUGAGUAUUCUAAGAAUCUCAAGUUUGAUGAAAAACCAGAUUAUAAAUAUAUGAAAAAUUUAUUUAUUUAAAUCAUGCAAGAAAAUCAAUUAAGAAUUGAAUAUAUUUAUGAUUGGGACGAUGAAAAUACUCAUAGAGAUAAAAUUUAAAUUAAAAAUACAUAAGAAUCAUCUGAGCAAUAAUUACCUAUGUUAAAUAAGAACAUUAAUUAUUCUUAAUAUAAUAACAAUAGGUAAAGUAUUCAAAAAACAAAAACAUCAUCUAUUCAUUCUAUUAAUAAAGUUCUAAAAAAUUCUUAAAAUUUAAAUAUAUAAUAAUAAUUGAAUUUCAAUAAUAAAAACUCAAUAAAUAAUAAAGUCAAGUCAAUUAUCAAAAAACAUUCAAGUCUUCACUAUAAUUGA